GUUGUUUACAUUAGAUUCAAUGUUAAAUGAAAUUGUCAACCACAACCAAAGAAUCUUUAUUGUCAGCUUUUCAUUCUGAAAGUUAUCAUCGACAAAUAAACACCCCAAAUCAAACACAUUUAUCAAAAUUUAACUUUUACAAUGUUCCGUAAGCUUUUUCGGGACCCCAAAACAGGUUUUCAUGUGCUGAGUUCUAUGAACUCCAAGAAAUACCUAAAAAACAUUGGGUUGGAAAGAGAAGACUACUACUUUUUGAAACAUGUUGGAAAGGGCUUGCUUUGCACCUAUGCCGUGCUUGGGGCCAUGUGGCUCUACACUGAUAAUUCAUCACUGGGGUGGGGGAAACUGGAGCCAAGGCUGAAGGAGCACGAAGAAGCAUUGAAGGAUUUCAUCAGCAAGGGAAGGAUGAUUGGAGACGCUUUUAGUCCAAAAGGGAUGGAUAAGAGUGAUAAGGAUGGGAACUAUAAUAACCAGAAGGAGACGCAGAACAAGAAUUUUGAUGAGGAAGCUCAGAAGCUGUGGUUGAGACUGAAGAAUGAGGUCGCAACUGAACUAAAGAAGAAGGGUUUUGAUGUUGAAUAACUGUACGCUUUACAGUGAAUGAAUGCCAAUGUCAUUCCCAUGAUACAUGAACUGAUUCUGAGGCUGUAGUUGAAGUACGUGUUAGGAAUCUUAUGUAUGCUGCAUGGUAAAUAAGUAAGUGGCAUUUUGAUUGUAAAGUGUUUGAUAAAACUCUGAAUGAUGAUAAAAGGAAGGAAUAAUCA